UGAUGUGUCACAGCGGAGAGAAGAGGACGGUGCAGGAGCGUGCAGCCAAAAGGUCGGGAAAAACACGGAAAAGGGAGAGAAGGGAGGAGAAGAGGUCAUUUUGCAGCCCACGAGGCCCGACUUUCCCUGAGAUACGAUGAAAUAAGCCGUCCGCGGAUGUGAAGUAGGAUUGAGGAUGGAGCAGAGUGAACACCUCCAGCCUGGCAGUGAGAGGGAGCAAACUGUUGAACAAGAAUUGACAGAGCCUGAACCUGAAAGUGUUCCGGUGAACAUCCGGGGGGAGGGAGGUGAUGCAGAGAUGGGUGCAGAAGAACUGAGCACGGUGGAGUGUGCUGAUGGGCUGACCUCCUCUCAGGAGAUGGCCAAACCUGAACUGCCUUCUCAAGGUGAACUGCAAGGCCCCUCAGUGGAGCCGGAGGCCAAUAGCACUGAAACGCUUUCCACAGAAGACAGUGUAGCUCUGCCCCCGUCUUUGACCCCGUCCAUCAUUUUCUCCCACUCUGAAGUGGCCAGUGAAUCCCCUGCCAAACCAUCCUGCAAUGGAGGUUCUGAAUCCCCCGAGGACACAAACCCGUAUGACACGGAAUGUAGCCGAAAGCUGAUUUCAGAGAUGCACAGGUCGAUAUCACAUGAGUCUUUGCUUGACGAGCUGGAGUCUGAAUUGCUCUCCUGCCAGUUCUCUAGUGAGCCAAACAUGGAGAGACCUUCCAAUGGCCUGCAGAAGGACCAGAACUCCAUGGCCAUGUUUGAAAAAUGUGUGCAGUAUAAAUACUCGCAGCAGGAAAAGGCCAUUAAAAGGCUGCUAGAUGAAAAUCAGCAGCACCAGGAGCUAAUCCUGGGGAUCUGCUCAGAGAAAGACACCAUGAAAGAGGAGCUGAAGAGAAGGAUGGAGACUGAACAGCAGCACCUGGACACAAUCAGAAAGAUGGAGGCCAGGGUGGAGGAACUGGGGAGAGAGCUCAAAGCUGCCCGGGACAAGAUGGUCCAGCAAGAGAGCUCCUCCAAAACCACAAUGCAGCAACUGCAGAGGGAGAUGUCCUACCGGCUGGAGCAGGCCAGCAGGAAGUGUGAGGAGGCGCGGCAGGAGAAGGAGGCCAUGGUGAUGAAGUAUGUUCGCGGAGAGAAGGAAGCCUUGGACUUGCGCAGGGACAAGGAGCAACUGGAGCGUAAGCUGAGGGAGGCAAGUCGAGAGGUGGAAAAGCAGGCGCUCCGUGGGAACCAGUUGGCCCAGGACAAAGGGCGGCUGCAGCAGCUCAAUGAUGCCAAGGAGUCAGAGGUGGCCAGGCUCACACGGGAGCUGGAAAAGAUGAAGGAAGAGGUCAACUCCCACCUCAUCAAAGUGAAGUGGGCUCAAAACAAGCUGAAGAGUGAGGCAGAUGCUCACAAGGAAACAAAGGACAAGCUGAGGGAGACAACGUUCAAACUGACCCAGGCCAAAGAAGAGGCUGACCAGAUCCGGAAAAACUGUCAAGAAAUGAUCAAGACGUACCAGGAGUCAGAGGAGAUCAAGUCCAACGAGCUGGAUGCCAAGCUCCGCGAGACAAGGGGAGAGCUGGCGAAGCACAAGCAGGAGCAGACAGACCAGCUGGAGAUGCACCGUGCCAAGCUGAAGGAGCUGGAAGAUCUGAAGAGGACCUUCAAGGAGGGGAUGGAUGAGCUCCAGACCUUAAGGACCAAGGUGAAAUGUUUGGAAGACGAGAGACCACGUACAGAGGAGGAGCUUAACAACUACCGAGAGAUCAUCAAUCGGCAGAAAGCCCAGAUUCAGAGCCAGAAGGACCAGCUGAGCAUUGUCCAGCAGCUAGAGGACCAACAUCACAGGGAUGAGCAGGAGAUGAGCUCUCUUAAGGAGGAGGUUGAGAACCUGAACGUGCAGAUGGCUGACCUUCAGAGGGACAUCCAGGGUAGCCGGGCAAGGGAGGCGGAGCUCCUUGGCUUCACAGAGAAACUGACCAGUAAAAAUGCUCAGCUGCAGUCAGAAGUCAAUGCCCUGCAGGCGCGGCUGGACUGUAUGAGUGUGGCUUCCCGUGAGCUGCAGGACCAGCUGGAGGAGAGAAAGAGUGCAGUCAGCGAGUUGACGCAGCGGCUUCAGCGGGAGGAGCACCUGAGGCAAGAAGAGGUGCAGACAUUGCAGACCCAGAGGACUGCGCUGCAGGUAGAGAUUGCGCAGCUGCAAACUCGUGUGGAUGAACUGAGGGAUGAGUUGGCAACACAGAAGAGGAAGCAGGCAGCCAACAUCAAGGACCUGACCAAGCAGCUGGUACAGGCACGGAAAAAGCUGGAGCAGGUGGAGAACGGGGGCUGCGACCGGGAAGCGAGUAGCAUGGGCAGCAGGUCCAGUUCCUCAGGGUCACUGAGUGCACGGGCUGGUGGGAUGGAUGAGCGUCUGACAGACAGCCACUCGGGCCCACCCCCGGCAGACAGCUUCCCUGAGGUGGACAAGGCCGUGCUAGUGGACCGCAUUGUGCGUCUGCAGAAGGCCCAUGCACGCAAGAACGAGAAGAUCGAGUUCAUGGAGGACCACAUCAAGCAGCUGGUGGAGGAGAUCAGGAAAAAGACCAAGAUUAUUCAGAGUUAUGUGCUGCGCGAGGAGUCAGGAGCGCUGUCCUCGGAGGCGUCGGACUUCAACAAAGCCCACUUGAGCAGGAGGGGCGGUAUCAUGGCCUCGCUGUACACCUCACACCCGGCAGACAGCGGUCUCACGCUCGAGCUAUCCCUUGAGAUCAACAGGAAGUUGCAGGCAGUGCUGGAGGACACGCUGCUGAAGAACAUCACCCUCAAGGAGAACCUUCAGACCCUGGGAGCAGAGAUAGAGAGGCUCAUUAACCGACAGCAUGAACUAGAAGACCGUGCCAAGAGGAAAUGACAUCAGCUGGAGCAGUGGAUGGGAGGAAAUUAAACGCUGGCUCCGCCCCCACCUCAACAAGAGAGGCUCCUGUGGAGGUGACGCACACUCUGGCCACACAUGAUAAACGGCAGAUGAAGGAGAGGCCAUAAAGAGGACGGAGAGGAGCUGGAGACCCCCAUUCUGUAGGAACUCUCAUCCCUGUGGGAAGCUACCCACAGGAUGUGUGGAGCACUGUUCUCGCACCUUGAACUGGGUGGGCAGUCAAGAGUGGUUCUACACCACCUUCCUCUCACUCGUCUCUCCCCCACCUGUGCCCUUUGUAGCUAUUCCUUUUGUGCGCAGCUCCAUCCCCUCUCAGACGCCCCCCCGUUACCCCUGCACCAGAGAGUGUAUGUCCAGCCCCCAAGAAGUAGGAGAGGAUCCCUCAAAACGCUUGGAAAUGCAGGAAAAUGUGACACCGUGAAGUGACUUGCCAAUGAUUAAAAAAUUAUUGUAUAAAUUAUUAGUGCGGUGGACAGAUGAAGUGAUGAAAUGAAGUAAUCUCCCGCCCACACGGUCGGCCCUUGGUGCUCCUCGGCGUGGAUGACAGGGUGCGGCAGAACCCCACAUCGCGGGUGCUCCAACACAUUGUUUACUAGAAACAGAUGCACUUAAACGUUGAAUGAACAAAGCACUGUUUCCAUCUUCCACAUGUUGCUAAGGCACUUACAUGAAAAACCAGCGUGUCAGCUCCAGUAUUAGCGGUGCGCACGUCUCUGAAUGUACGGCGCAGCGGCGUCUUCGUGCAGCAGCUCCUGGAGGAUCCCAGGCAGCUGCGGGCUCAACUGUAUUUAUUUUUUGUUUUGCUCUUUUGUUUCUGGUGAUUUCAAUGGGGUUCAUUCAACCAAAAGUCUAAAUAUUGAUUUAAUGGUUCUUUUUCUGUAGAAAUGCAGUUCUUGGGAAGAAUCAGCUAUGAAUUCCUGUCCUUCCGCCGGGUGUUUAGUGUCUAAACACUGUAUUGAGUGGCUUCUUGUUUGUUUCAUUAUAAUGCUCCGGACGUGGGUUCGAGUGCUGCGUUCCUGGCCGCUUUGAGGGGCUCCGGUUCAUACGGCUGGGUCUCGUGGCAGUGAAGGUGCGAGGAGCUGGAGAGCAGCUGCGAGCCCUGAUGUUUCCUGUAGAUGGGCACAAGUGAGCUCAGGGUUUGAGACACUGAAUGAAACCUGGACAUGUCUGUCCUUUUGCAGCUGUAAGAUUGGAACUUUUUUUGAACAUAUGAAUUUUUGUUUUGUUUGUGGUUUCCAAGCUAUAACCUGUGCAAUAGCAAUGACCCGUGGCGAUGGUCAGGGGCAGGACGCCAGUGGGAAGGUCCCCGCUGGAGGUCUGGCUCUGAGGGUUGGCAGGGCAGAACUGGUCCUGGUCACUGAUGGUCAGGUCACUGUCUCAGUGGCCCAUCUCCUUACAGGCCCCCUGAAACGCUGCUGAACAGAGUUGGAUACAACUCCGCAACCCCCGGUGCUCAAUGACAUUGACAGGCCUUUUCUCCAUCCCCCUCCCCUUGACCUCUUUCUGUCCUGAUAUUUCCCCCCCUGGAUUUUGGGUCCCAUUGUUGUUCCUGUUCAUUUAAAUGGAAAAGUGAUUAUAUUUUUAUGUAGAUAAAAUUAUGUAAAUCAUGAGAUGUCUUUAAUGAUUCUGUAUUCUAUCUGUAUAUAUGGCGAUUACAGAAAUGAAAGAAUAUUUUUUAUGAUUGUAUUUCUCUCCCCCCCUCCCCCCGUACCAGCAUGAGAUGGGAAAAAGUAAUCAGACAGAGAAAUUGAAUAUUUGCUUUAUUCCACAAGCAUGGAAUUUCAUUUUCAGCUUAUGCACUGUGAUGUGGUCACGAAACGACAGCAUUCUGAGGGGCGAAAGCACCGUUUCCUGCGGAGAAAAGCAGAGAUCCUGAAAGGACCAGCACCCCCUUUCUGUGCCCUCAGGGACCCAGAGCUUGAGGCUCUUCUCCAAGAAGCCCCAGCAGGCCUCUGUUCAGGGUUUAUGUUCAGGGCAAAAGGAGUUGUGUUGGGGGCAAGGGUGGGGUGAGUUGCACUGAUGACUG